AUGCUCGUCGAGAUUCUAACGAAAGCGAUCCCCAAUGACAUCGUGGUGGAACACUACAAGCGACAGAGCUUACUACAAAAGCCCGAUGAGAUCCAGUCGUCAGAGACGGAGCUGCGCCAGCUAUUGGAUUUUCUCCGACUGGAGGUCGAAGCUCGUGAAAAAAGUGGUCACCAGGAUUCCUGCGUUCGCGACACGCACGAUGGAAGGCGUGACAGGAAGACCUGUGCCACGCCUACCGCCUCCGUGUUACACAACGAAUCCAGCAAGACGAAAGAGUUGACCCAUGAAACUCAGCCUCAGAAGACACUCAGAGCCUACGCGAUCCUUGACGAUCAGAGUAAUCGCUCGUUGGUUAGGCCUGAACUUCUCAACGAGUUCCAGGUGAAGGGGACCCCUACGCAGUACACGCUACGCACUUGCUCCGGCAGCACUGAAGUGGUUGGAAGAGUUGCUCAGGGCUUCUUCGUGCAGAGCGUGUCAGGCGAAAUCAAGUUUCCUCUUCCGCCUCUCCUCGAGUGCGAGGAAAUCCCUGAAAACAGAGGUGAAAUUCCAACACCUGACGCUGCACGGCACUACCCGCACUUGAGGGCUGUAGCAACUCAGAUACCACCUCUUGAUGAGGCUGGAAUACUGCUCCUCCUUGGCCGAGACAUCCUGAGAGCGCACAAGGUUCGCAAAGUAAUUAACGGACCCCCCGACGCUCCGUAUGCUCAGAAGCUCGACCUCGGUUGGGUCAUUGUCGGCGAUGUUUGCGUCGGUCGCACGCGGAAAACAAGCAGCGUCAAUGUGUUCAAGACCCAUGUACUGGACAACGGACGACCAUCUCUAUUCGAGCCAUGCUCGAGGCAUUUCUUUGUAAAGGAAGCACCGAUUCUCUACGCUGCGGAUAGGGUCCCAAAAUAUUUACAUUUGGCAACAUUGGAUGACACUUUGGCUCCGAAUCUUUUCAAACCGACUGAAGAAGACAACCAGCGUGCUUUCUCCAUAGAAGACAAGACAUUCCUCAAAAUGAUGAAUAGUGAAUUCACCCAAGACAAGUUGAACAAUUGGGUUGCCCCUCUCCCCUUUCGCACACCGCGAAGUCGGCUUCCGAACAACAGAGAACAAGCUCUGUCUCGUCUGCUCUCGCUACGACGUACCUUGCGAAAAAACCUAGAGACAAGGGAACGUUUCGUCAGCUUCAUGAACGAGCUCUUCAUCAAGGGUCACGCAGAGGAAGCUCCACCACUUCACGCGGACGAAGAAUGCUGGUAUCUACCCAUAUUCGGCGUUCACCACCCCCAGAAGCCUGAUCAAAUCCGAGUCGUAUUCGACUCUAGCGCUCAGCAUGAAGGGGUAUCUCUGAACAGCGUUCUCCUGACCGGCCCUGACCUGACAAACAACCUCGUCGGGAUGUUGAUACGCUUCCGGCAAGAACCAGUGGCGGUUACAGCAGACGUCCAGCAGAUGUUCUACAGUUUCAUGGUUCGCGAGGACCAUCAAAACUACCUGAGGUUCCUCUGGUUUAAGGGCAACGAUAUCUCUAGAGAAAUUAUAGAGUGUCGAAUGAAGGUUCACGUUUUCGGCAACAGCCCAUCACCAGCUAUUUCUACGUAUGGCCUUCGACGAACUGCCCAACAAGCUGCCCCACAAUUUGGUGAAGAUGCCAGAAAAUUCGUUGAAAGAGACUUCUACGUCGAUGAUGCGCUGAAGUCUCUCCCAAGAGAAGAAGACGCCAUUAGUCUGCUGCAAAGAACGCAGAAAAUGCUUGCAACAUCUAACAUAAGGCUGCACAAAAUAGCUUCGAAUAGGCAGAAUGUGCUGAAUGCAUUUUCUCCAGAAGACCACGCCCAGGGACUCAAGAAUCUCGACUUUGCCAAUGACAUGUCGCUUACGCAGACAAGUCUCGGGCUACUGUGGGACAUAGGCAACGAUAGCUUCGUCUUCAGGGCUCCUCUUCAAGACAGGCCAUAUACGCGUCGAGGAGUGUUGUCGACCGUCAACAGCCUUUAUGACCCACUAGGUUUUGUGGUUCCAAUAACGGUCCAAGGCAAGUUCCUCCUCCGUGAUCUCGUGACGAAAGGUUAUGACUGGGACACACCACUUUCGGACGAAAAGAAGCAGAUCUGGGACGAGUGGAAGAACUCUCUCCAGGCACUGCAUCAUCUUCACGUGCGAAGAACAUAUGCGCCUGUCUCGACGCUUGAAGCCGAAAGUAGGGACAUACAUGUAUUUUCAGACGCGUCCACAAGGGCCGUCGCAGCGGUGGAAUACCUACGCGUGACCGACAAGCAAGGAAACAGACACGUCGGAUUUGUCAUGGGAAAGGCCAAGCUCGCUCCACAACCAGAGCACACUAUCCCAAGGCUUGAGUUGUGUGCAGCGGUGCUUGCUGUGGAAAUGGCCGAUUCCAUACUACGGGAGUUGGACUUCCAGCCGAACUCGGUCACGUUCUACACGGACAGCAAAGUGGUCUUGGGUUACAUACACAACGAAACAAGAAGAUUCUACGUGUAUGUGGCCAACCGAAAGCUGCCGUGGCUAAACGAUCAGUAG